UGACUCGCUAAACCGCGAGUCGAUUCAUUUUUUUAUAAUUCUGAUUCGCAUAACCCACGAAGAAAAAAUGAUAUACCCGUAUCCGCCCUGCUGAAAUUUGCGGGUAAUCCGCAACAGAUCAAACGGGGCAGGACCUACGAAUAAUAUCUCAUAUUCCCAGCACUAGUAUGGAGCAGUGCAAUUGGAAAGUGAUAAUGUAUUCUAAAGAGUAAAAUAUUCAUUUUUAGAACACUAAAACAUUAAUAAUUGUAUCUGAGUGUGACUAAACCCAUAAUACUAAAUGGCCCAUAAGUAUUAUUGAUUAAUGACACUAAAUUGGGCUAAGGCCCACUACUUUACUCUGGUCUUUAAGGUCCAUUAAUGUAAGAAACGAAGCGUUUUCAUUGUUAUGGGUUGUCGAGGGAGAGCCGAAACGGUGCGUUUGGGGGGGGGGGGAGUAGCUACCUACGGGAGUCAGGUAGAGAGAGAAAAAACGCGAAGGCUUUCAACUCUCUCUCACACUCAGAGGGUCUUUUAGCCCUAAGACUUGGCGUCGACUCAGCCGAACAGUGUUGAUCCUUUCCUUCAGGAUCGUCGUAAUGGCUUGCUUGCGUGGUAUCUCGAGGAGAGUUAAUCUCUUACAGAGACGAGUUUACCCAACGUGUGGUCAUCUCAUCAGUGAUGAUAAAGAUCAAACUAAACCAAGUUCUGAUACAAUGAUUCGUAAAGUCUUUGCCUUUAAUGGGGCUAACAAGCUUACCUCAAUGUUUAUGGAGAGGCAAUGUGCUGCUCCCUUGGGUCUUGGAUUGUCUUCUUGUCGGUUUAUGAGCUCUUCUUCUAGCUCUACACCACCGGAAUGGUCUGAUAAAGUUGAUGGUAUCGACUUUGUUGCACCUGAAGUUGUUCCUGAUCAGAUUGUUGAAGCUGUGACGACGUCAAGCCAAGCUGUUGUUCCUGCUGUCAACGAGGUUGCUAUUGCGGCUGCGGAUUCUGCUUUCCCUGUUGCUGCUUUGCAGCAUUUGAUUGAUGGUGUUCAUUCCUUUACUGGUUUGAACUGGUGGGCUUCGAUAGCUUUGACUACUGUGCUCAUUCGUGGAGUUACAAUUCCCAUUCUUCUGAAUCAACUCAAGGCUACUUACAAACUCAAUCUUCUGAGGCCUCAACUUGAGGAGUUAAGACAAGAGAUGGGCACUAAGGGUACGGAUCCUGAAGCCAUGGCAGAAGGCCAAAGACGGAUGCAGUUAUUGUUUAAACAGCAUGGUGUAACUCCGUUUACACCCCUGAAAGGACUUAUUAUUCAAGGUCCCAUCUUCAUCAGCUUUUUCUUCGCUAUCAGGAACAUGGCCGAGAAAGUACCGUCAUUUAAAACCGGUGGAACUCUUUGGUUUACUGAUCUCACCACUGCAGAUACUACGUAUAUCUUGCCACUUCUUACCGCCAUCACUUUCAUAAUUAUGGUGGAGUCCAACAUGCAGGAAGGUAUGGAAGGGAAUCCAGUAGCUGGAACUAUGAAGAAAUUCUCAAGAAUCAUUGCCUUUCUCUCUAUUCCAAUUCUGAUGGGCAUUGAGAAGGCAUUGUUCUGUUACUGGCUCACUUCCAACCUGUUUACUCUUGGGUAUGGAUUAGCACUAAGACGUCCUGAUGUGAGGAAGCUCUUGAAUCUCCCGGAUGCUGUCACAUCUUCUUCUAGCGGGCAGCCAAAGCCGCCUUCGCCUAUUCCAUUUUCCUUUGAGCAGCCGAAAGACCAAAGUGUUGUUGGUCAUGAAGAUCCUCCUAUGUCCUCCUCCGAAGAUCCUUCUACGUCCUCCUCUGAGUCAUCUUCGAGUGUUCCAGAGAGAAGAAUCUCAAAGAGUUCAGUGCUGAAUCAGAGAAUCAGAACUCUGGAGAGACAACUCAAGGACCAAAAGAAGAAGAAGUGAGAGACUCUUUUUUUUUUCAUGUUCAGGUUGUUUUGCUAGAAAACUGGCUGAGAUACUAUAGACGGAAGGGAUUAAAGUAUCCUCGGGAAUUUAAGGUUUUGAAUAUUGAAGGCAACAAUCAAGUCAUAUGGAUCUCACUCUGAAGUAUUCAUCUUAUAUACAUUCAGAACUCAUUACUUACAUCACAUGUAUGUGUUACUCGAACAGCCUGCAACUAGAGAUAUACCGAUGAUUGGAAAUGAUACGUACUUUGUAAAGUA